AUGAAUAAAUUCCCAUGGAUUCGAAGACACUGUUUUCUGAAAGGCGAUAGAUCGAUUUUGCUGCUUGGGAAGGGAAGAAUUCAAGUCUCUGGGAGCUUUCAGUGUAAAGAAAAUGGCCCAAUCCUUGAAAAUGAAGUUUGAACGAACCCAGAAGCAAAGAAGGAUUACGACAUUCAUCCCUCUCAAUCUCUUCGCCGGUCUUGUUUGAAGCUUCGAUCCAAUCUUUAAUUAAGUAUGAACAAGAAAGGAUUGGCAAUUUUGAUGCGAACCAAGAUGAGACCUAACAACGAUCUCACAAAGCUCUCUCUAUCCCCUUUUCCUGAAUCAAGUGGACGUGUAAUGGAACAUAACCUGGACGAAGCCCAGAAUCGGCUUAAUAUCUCAGGCAACGUAGAAAGAGAUCUUGAUAUUGUUCGUGGAUGGAUGCAUUCGGCUAUUUCAAUGAAGAAAAUGGAAGGUCUAGAUGCCAUGCUUAAUGAUUUUUCCAAGGGCUAUUUCAGUCUCUCUCUUGAGAACCGCCGUAAAUUACUUCUCCUGCUUGCCAAAGAGUACGACUUCAAUCGAACACAAGUUCGUGAUCUGAUGAAGCAAUAUCUUGGUCUUGAACUACCUAGUGGUGAUAAUGCACAAUCUACUGGCCAACAAGAUGACACCCCGCUUUCUGCUUUCUACCAUCUUGAGCGCAAUUUGAGGCAUGCUCUAAAACCAACCUAUGAAGUUCUUUUUGAGCGGCUUAAUACACAUCCUGGUGGGCUGGGGUUCUUGUCCAUUCUACGAGCUGAUAUUCUUUCUAUUCUCGCAGAGGAAAACACUGCGUCUUUGAGGGCACUGGAUACCUACUUAAAGGAGAAACUUAGUAUGUGGCUCAGUCCUGCUGUCUUGGAGCUUCACCAAAUAACUUGGGAUGACCCUGCUUCUUUACUAGAGAAAAUUGUAGCUUAUGAGGCUGUGCAUCCAAUCAGUAACCUUAUCGAUCUUAAGAGAAGGCUGGGAGUUGGUCGACGUUGUUUUGGAUAUCUACACCCGGCAAUACCAGGUGAACCUCUUAUUUUUAUUGAAGUUGCACUUUUGAAGAAUGUAGCUCAGACAGUACAGGAAGUUUUAUGGGAUGUUCCCCCAAUACCUGAAAGUGAAGCAACCUGUGCAUUGUUUUACUCUAUAUCCUCUACAAAGCCUGGCUUAUCAGGAAUUAAUCUUGGGAAGUUCCUCAUUAAACGAGUAAUAACACUUGUGAAGAGAGACAUGCCAUAUAUCAAUACAUUUGCAACUCUAAGUCCAAUCCCAGGUUUCAUGCAGUGGCUCCUAUCAAAGUUGGCAUCUCAACCAAAUCUAGGUGAAAUGGAGUUUGGAUCACGUACAUCUGGAGAUGAAUCUGCCUCCACUUUCUGGGAGAAUAUUCUUGAACCGGAGGAGGAAAGAGUGCUCAUUGAAUCAUCACAAGAUUUUGUCACUGGAAAGAAUGGCAUGGAGGUCAUGUUUAGGUUAUUGACCUUGUCAAACCACGAGUGGACCAGUUCAACGAAAUUGCUAUCAGCAUUAAAACAUCCUCUAAUGCGCUUGUGUGUCAGGUAUCUUGCGGAAGAGAAAAAGAGAGGAAAAGCUCUAGAUUCUGUGGCAAACUUUCACUUGCAAAACGGAGCAAUGAUUGAGAGACUUAACUGGAUGGCAGAUCGAUCCGAGAAAGGCCUUCUUCAAAGUGGAGGUAUAAUGGUGAACUAUGUUUAUAGGAUGGAGAAGAUAGAAGAAUAUGCUCAUUCUUAUUUCAGCACUGGCCAAAUACAUUCCUCAUCUGACAUUCUUCGUUACGUCGAGUCCAAAAAGUUGAAGGAUGAAUCUACAGAGUAGACAAAUUCCUGGAAGAACCAAUUGGCACUUCACCAUCUCAAAAGAUGAGUUAUUCUUCUCUGCUGCCAUUGUUGUUUGUGUUGGGAAGGGAAAGUUAGAUAUAAUUACAGAAUAAGAUAUGGCUUUUUGCUCUCCACUGGUUUAACAUCAUUAGAAUAUGCCAUUUAUUUGGAGAAAAUACUGUUUUAUUAUUCUAUUAAAAAAAACUCCAUCGCUAAAUUUCAAUUUACAUCCUAAGUUGUAUUAAUUAAAAUUCCAUAAAUCCUUAAUAAAUUUAGAUAAUUGAUUA